CCGGCUGAGGACCAGCCCUCGCUGGGCUGGGCCCCUGCGGGCGAUGGCUGAUGAGCUCAGUGACCUGCUGCGGGAGUUCGAUGAGGUGAUGGAGGACUUUGGCCGAGGCCCUGCGUGUCAAUACGAGCAGCACCUGGAGGAGCUGAAGAGGAAAGCGGGGCACAGUGUGUACGACAGCGGUGUUGACGACCUGGAGAGUACCAGCACGUCCCCAGGAAGCAGUCUCAACUCCAGCGAGGAGGACCUCAACACCCCUGCCAAUGCCUACCCCUCCAAAGCUAAGCUUGGAGACACGCAGGAGCUGGAGGACUUCAUUGCGGAUCUGGAUAAAGUGUUGGAGGAGAUGUGAGAUGCGGUUUUGGUGGCGAGUUUGGAGAGGAGGACCCGCAGCAGAUGAGCCCCGUCCCUCCCCGAUGCACCCUCUGCUUCUGUGCCCCUGCCACCCACCGCCUGCGUGGGUGACGGCUCUCCCGUGCCACGCAGCUCCGCGCCGGGGAAGGGCAGCGCCAGCCGCAAGCGGGGACUGAUCCAGCCCCGGGACGGGCAGCUGGGCUGUGACGGCGGCUGGGUCUCGCUCUGCUCCUGCGUGCAGGGCAGGGCUCUGCCAGCCUGAGCUGGGACGGGCUCUCGCUGGGGGCACCGGGCUUUGCCCUGCGAGGGGGGCUGGCAGCUCUUGUGAGUGAGUGGGUUUGGGGGGAUGCGUGUGUGGGGUCUAUGCCGCCAUUGAAGCCAGAGGAGAAACCCUGGGUGAUCUUAGGGAAGAUGAGCUUGCAGUACAUCAGUGAGACCGUGGUGUCCCCUCCUGGGUCAGGAAAGCCUGUUCCCACUGCAGCAGUGGUUGUCGCUGCCUGCGACAGAUGCUGACCCUUCGCUUUCCAUGGGUAGCCUCAAAUAAGGCCCCUGCCUGCACCCCAGUGCCUCUGCCCCGCCUGCUGCUGUAAAUACUGUAAAAAAGGAUGUCACAUGCUGUACAGAGUCUAUGUAUUUUUAUGAACGGGAUUUGAAGUCU